UUGUUCUUUCUCUUCCCACAUGCUUCGUUUCGCAUUCUGUGUCAUUGGAAUCUAUACUUGCUUCUUGACUUGGGGCGUUGUUCAGGAACGUGUGAGCACAACACCUUAUGGAGAUACAGAACCACCGAAGAAGUUUAAGUACUUUAUUGUUCUCAAUUUAGUACAAUCACUGAUAGCAGCUAUCGUUGCUUUUAUUUAUUUAAAAGUCUGUGGCAAAAGCUUAAACUUAAAAGAUACACCAUUCAGCCUUUACCUCAAAUAUGCUCAAGUCGCAUUCUUCAAUUGUAUUGGUUCACCUUUUGGGUAUGAAGCAUUAAAGCAUAUAGACUAUCCGACAAUGAUCCUUGGAAAAUCAUGCAAACUUGUUCCUGUGCUGUUCAUGAAUGUACUUGUCUAUCGAAGAAAGUUUGACUGGCAUAAAUACCUAUGCGUAACCUUGGUUACAAUGGGUGUUUCCAUGUUUAUGCUGUACCACGAAACAAGCUCCUCCAAGAAAGCAGCUGCCACAAGUUCACUCUGGGGCUUAUUCUUACUUUCAAUGAACUUGGCUAUUGAUGGGUUAACAAAUGCGACACAGGAUCAGAUAUUUACAAAGUACAAGCACCUUGUCAGUGGACAGCAUAUGAUGUUUUAUAUGAACAUCAUUGGCUCUGCCUUUUCUGCUGCCUACUUGAUUUUCCAUCCAUUCAAUAAUGAAUUACAACAAGCCUUGCUCUUUUUCCACCAACACCCUGCUGUUAUUCGCGACGUACUCUUAUUUGGCUUUUGUGGUGCGCUUGGUCAGUGCUUCAUCUUUUAUACCCUUCAGCACUAUGGCAGCCUUCGCCUUGUAACGGUUACGGUCACUCGUAAACUAUUUACGAUGUUACUCAGCGUCUUUUGGUUCAAUCAUACGCUGACGUUUGGCCAAUGGGCAGGUGUUGCGCUUGUUUUUACAGCAAUUGGCAUUGAAGCGUAUAUUGGCAAACAGCAAAAACUACAAGUCAAAAAAACAAUGAAUGCGUCAGUAAAGGAACUUGAUAUCAAAAAGGCACUAAACAGCGAAAAACCUGCUCAUAAGUUAGCAUAAACCUAUUUAUUUAUAGAAAUCCAUAGAAAUAAACCUCUUUUU